UUUUAUAAAAGUGAUUGAAAUAUCUGUAUCUGUUUCGAUGAUUCCAAAAAGCCAAGGGACUGAAUAGUGUGUACACCUUAAAGAGCACAACAAAGCCAUGUGUGCCUCCGAGAAAACAGUUGUGAUUGACGGUUUUACUGUCAUACAAACAAAGUUUCAAGAGUCUGGCAAAAUAGGGCACAGUCUCUAUGUUAAGGAGGCACAAAGUAGGGGGAGCAGCCGACCUAAAGAUAGGACCCUCUUUGUUGUAAAUGUACCUCCAUAUUGCACACAGGCUAGUUUAAGCAGUGUGUUUUCCACCUUUGGAGACGUGACAAAGGUUUACCUGUACGAUAGGCCCCACAGUGAGGACCCCCAACCAUCCCAGUCGACCUACUUCCCAGACAGACCCCAGCCAAAGGGCUUCAAAGUUGCAUACAUCAUCUUUAAGAAGGCAGCUUGCCUGGGAAAGGUUACAUCUCAUCCAUAUGACAGAGUGCUGAGGCUUUCUCCCGAGGAAAACCCAAUUCUCACCGGAAUAAAAAAAUGGCAGAUGGAAUAUCAGCAAAAUAUCUGCAAUCCAAAGGCACUGCAGGCGGAAAUUGACAAGUAUAUGACGCAUUAUGAUGAAGAACAGGAGAGAGAGAAGAGGCUGGCCCUGGAGCAGGAAGGAGUGCCGGAUGAAGACGGCUGGGUCACGGUGACGCGACACGGCAAAAACAAGGGGGCGCCUCGAACAGAAACCAUGGAGAAAAAGAUCACCAGCAAAAACAAGAAGAAACAGGCUGAAAAGGAACUGAAGAAUUUUUAUGCUUUCCAAAUGAGGGAAUCCAAAAGAGAUAAAAUUGCUGAAUUGCGUAAGAAGUUUGAAGAGGAUAAACAAAGAAUUUCCUUAAUGAAAGCGUCCAGGAAAUUUAGACCUUAUUAAAACUGAUUUUCUUGAUUUUGUUGUAUGUAAUUUCUCUUGAAAUAAAUAAAAUUAGAAAUAAAUUAA